AAAUCAUUUUUUUUAUAUGUAACCCAAUUUGUUCAACAUUGUGCAGAUGCAGAUUUACUGCAAGAAAACUUCACUCAAGGUACCUCCGUCAUUCAUCAAUGGCUGUUUGUUCAGACUCACGUGCGACAUCGUGGAGUUUAAGGAGGGAGUUGAAAAAGAGGAACAUUUUCCUUUUCCUUUAUUCACUGACGUUGGGAACAUAUAAAACUCCCUCUACAAAUACCCAUGCUUCAGUGCAGUGUUACUACAAUAUAUAUAUUUUAAUAUCAAGAAAAUGUGCCCCGGGAGCAUAGUCCAGUGGUGCAAAGGUAGGAGUGUGGUUAUCUCACGCCUUACUGGUAACCGUAGUGUGGGGGUUCGAUUCCUGAGACAUGAAAUUGAAUUCCUUGUAGACGCAGUGUACAGACAGCUCUUGUUUCCCAAUUUGUUGGGACACAUUCCGCGAUUUAACUCCCUCACAAAGCUCUAGGGACGAAAACGUGGGGCCCUCAAGAAUGCGGUUCAACUUUUUUUUUUUUAAUAUCAAGAAAAUGCUUUGCUGUAGUCAAGAUUUAGAAUACCCUAAAAAAUUAAACUGGGUGUACAAACCCCAUUUCACAGGAUUUGUAUAGGUCUCACACAUGAGGUGGGGGACCCACGCAUUAAAAAAAUACCCAAAAAUGCCCACUCCCCCUAUGUAUGUGAGGAGCUUGUGGGGGGUUGGGGGGGGGGGUUUGUAAACCCCCACCUGACAGUGGAGCAUCGUCCUUCACUAAAAUAUACCGUGUUCAAAGCCCACAAACCAUAUUCACACACAUACCCACGUGUGUGCCUGUGUGCAAAUAUGCCACUCAUUAUAUAUAAUAACAUAUCAUCUCAUUCAAAACUUUGUUGAACUUCUCUCAAAUCUCAAAUUUCAGACCGAAAACAGAUCAGUCUUAGCAUCUCCAUAUUCAUGGCUACAUCGAAUAUUUCGAGUGCAUUUGUCUGAAUUCUCAAGUGGCAUUGAAUGAAACCCUGUGAACAUCUGCUGAGGUUUUUCAAGAAAGCGAGAUCCAAUGGAUGAAAACCCAUCUCCGGGAUCAUCAAGAAAUGUUGCCAUGCGCCGCCACCGCAAUCGCCAAGCAGUGGAGGAUGACGACGGGGUAGAUAAGAUUACGUGCACAGGGAAGUCAUGUCAAUCUUGCACCGCCGGAGUGAUCGCCGAUUGUGUCGCCGUCUGUUGCUGUCCAUGCGCCGUCGUGAACCUUCUUGCACUGGCGUUUAUCAAGGUGCCGUGGAUGGUCGGCCGGAAGUGGUUCGGCAUGGGCAAAAAAAACCGGCAGUUAAAGGAGAAGAGAAGAAAAUGUGAAAGGAGUUAUAGCGACUGUUGUGGGGACACAUUUGGAAUUUCUGGAAAGGGACGGGUAAAUGGAGGAACAGUAUUGGAAAUUGUAUCACCUGAGGAAGAGCUACCGGACAAUUUUAGCGCGGGGUUUGAGGAUGAAGAAAUUUUUCAUUUGGGUUUUGGUAGGGUUUCAUUCACUGGAAUUCCUUGUGAAACUAAGGGUAAUUAGGGAAAAUAUGAUUUUUGAAAAAUUAUUUCUUGCUUAAGAAAGUUUAAACAUCAAAUUUUUUUCUCUUUUUUGGGCCUCAAAGGAUGAGAGUAAAUGUCCAUUUUACCCUUUGGCCUUGGAAUUUGAAUUUGAUGUAUGGGUCUACUAGUAUUUAGUACAGAAAUGAAGAAUUUGAUUCUGUCUAAGU